AUGAUGGUGCUGCCUCACCAUGCGUCCACCGCCUGUCAUCCUUCACAUAUUCCUCAUCCGGAGAAGUUUAUGGGCUACAUUGCCAAGGGCCUAGCUUCGCGUGCCUGGAGAUACCAGUUGGUGGAGGUGUUAGAUGGCAUGAACCGUAAGUUCGCCUGUCACUACAUCAUAUUCUACCCAACGGUCUCCUGCGAUGGUCUACCUUUCCCCAUCAACGAAUGGCUCCGCAACAUCCAAGGGGCUUGCUUCAAGGAGGAGUCAGCCUGGCAGGGUGAUAUUGUUGUUGCAAAAUACCAGGGCAUGAGUCCCUUUUCUUCAAUGAUAAACACGUCCAUAGCCGAUUUUCCUAUACUGAAGAACUACUUCAUGAACCACGGCUCCCCUUCUACAAUUCGUCGCUGA